GUAUGAAUGUGCCUGUGGCCGUGUUGGGAUAGUUGGUGCAUGAGGGAAGUUUAUACAAGUGAAGCGGUAGAGCACACAUCAAUGUUGUUGUUACACUCUCUACCUAUAGUGAGGUGUUGACUGAAAGCUUACCCAGGUGCCUUUUCUUUUUACUCAUAUUCAGCUCUGGCACAUUAUAGGCUAAACUUAUUCGACGGAAAUUGCAUACAUAGUAGUCCCCAGCGACAUCCCUUUGCUAUAAUAGGAUUACUCAGAUGAGGAGGUGGGAUAUGUACUAUUUGCUGGGGAUGAUACCCUUCGGUGACACCAACAUACCUUGUAUCUAAUGCUUCGAUAUCACCUUGCAUGAGGAUUCCCACGCUACCUACCUAGGCAUUGUGCAACUCGGACCAGAGGAAUCGAUAAUACCUACCAAGAUUAUAAAUACCUCGGUAGAGUCUCACUGGGUGUGGUGGGAUUGAAAGAGAAGAGAAAAAAACCGCUCGCAUCAUUUUGUCAUAUUUACCUCGGGUAUGCCAAGAUGGGUGACAGCUACAGCGCAGUAAUCAGCAAGCUCGACGCCUUUACGGCUACGGACUUCGAAGGCAACGAGCCGGGCAGGUUGCAACUCAUAACAACCGCGCGCAAGCUAGUCAGCAGGCUGGAAACGAGACAUGAGAAGAUCUUCAAUAUCGAUUUCCGGAACCCGGUUGAGUAUGCGGUGAUAAGAGUAUGCCUAGAUAUUGGCCUGUGGCGCCAGUGGACGGUGGGAGGCGGUGGUGAAAAGACGGUUGAAGAGCUGGCUAAGUUGGCUGAAAAGGAUAUCGAGGUGAACCUGCUCCGCCGUUUGCUGCGACUCUUAGGGGCCACGUACAUUAUUGAAGAAACAGGAGAAGAUCGAUACAAGCCGACGGAAUUCUCGCUUUCUUUCGGCGAUGAAUCUACCACUAUGCCAAGCGCUAUCAUUGCCAUGAGUGACCACUGGAGUCCCGCAUCCAUGAACUUGCCCUCGUUUCUAGCGAAGACGUCGUAUCGAGAACCCCUAGACCCCAAGAAUAGCAACUAUAUCGAUGCCUUCCCGGAGAAACUAUCAUUCUUCGAUAGAUGUCUGUCUAAUCAGAGAUAUCAGGAUGGCUUUAGCGGCUUCAUGAUGGAGUGGUCCCUGUAUAGAAUUUCAUGGCCUGAAUUCUACGAUACCACUGAGCUCGUUGCCGGCGCAGAUCUUAAUUCCGGCGCGCCGUUACUUGUUGAUAUAGGAGGGCACCACGGCCACGACAUCUCCAAUUUCUUGAAGGAGCACCCGGAUGUGCCGGCCGGCUCUCUGGUUAUACAAGAUCUCGAAGCCGUCCUCGCGGAUGCGCAUCUUGACACCGACAAGGUCAAACUCAUGCCGCAUAGCUUCUUCGAGCCACAGCCUAUUCACGGGAGUCGCGCAUACUUUCUCCGCGGCAUCUUCCACGACUGGGCCUACGAGCCGUCCCUGCAGAUUCUCAAGAACAUCAUACCAGCCAUGAAGAAGGGCUAUUCGAAGCUCCUCGUCUGCGACGUCGUGAUCCCGCCGUCGGGGGCUAGCACCUUCCAGACGGGCAUAGACCUGAACAUGAUGACGCUCCUGUCGGCGUACGAAAGGACAGAAGCCCUGUGGAGGAAGCUGCUGAAUGAUGCAGGAUACAAGAUAAUCAAGAUCUGGAUGGAUCACAAAGGAUACGAGGGGCUUAUCGAAGCGGAAUUGGCUUAGAUGGGGCGGAGAUGGUGCAGCAGGUUGGUUGUUGGGACUCUGUGCAAAGGUUAGGUAAAGAUAGAUCAUGACCAUUUUGCGUUUUCAACAAAACAAAGCGGAUCAGGAUACAUUGGUUGAUGGGUAGAAAGCUACGUUACAUUAUACUUGAGUAUUUUAUUAGCAGUAAUCUUUUCUAGACAAUUGAAAUGUUUUAAGAGGAUUAAGCUUCUUUUUUUUGGUCUUCUU